AUGUUUGAAAGAAAUACCACGUUUAAAAAUGGGAUGUAUGAAACUAAAUUAUUAUGGAAGGAGGGUUGUAACACAUUGAAUAGUAAUUAUGAAGUUGCAGAAAGACGUUUGAUAAGCUUAAAUAAUAAAUUUAGGCAUGAUCUGCAUCUGUAUUUUCGUUAUAAAGAAAUAAUUAAUGAGCAGUUAAGGGAUGGUAUUAUUGAGCAAGUUGCAUUUCAUGGAGAUUGUGAUAAAAAAAUCGGUUAUUUUAUGCCUCAUCAUGCUGUAGUACGCGAAUCAAAGGAAAGUACGAAAGUUAGGAUUGUGUAUGAUGCGUCGUCGAAAGUUAGAGAUGGGCAGUCGUUGAAUGAUUGUUUAGAUAGGUCCCAACCUUAA